AUGGAGUCGCUAAACAAAAUCUCAAGCGUAGAUAAAAUUUUGGAUCUCCUUUCCACACUCGGCUACGUCGAUGCAACAGGUUCCGAUGCACCGCCGUCGCAGAAAAUCGCCGCCGGCCUGUCUUGGAUCAUCGCCGCCCUCAACCCCAACUCCAACAUAAUACACGAUGAAAACAACACACAGUACAUAGAAGAAUCUCUAAAGUUAAUAGAAUGUCCGCACCCUCUUCAACAAACUCAUAUUCAAAAUCGUGAUGCUGAUGCUCUUUUUCCGGUUAUUCAAUGGAUUAGUUCACGUCUAAAAUCAACGCAAGAACAAUGCGUUAGUGAGGUACGUCGCGAUGAAGAAACUGUUGAAGAAGAGGAUGUGCUUAAAACUAGCUUGAUAAACAAGUUGGAUGAACUGAAUCACCGGAAAACGAAUGUUGUGGAGCAGUUAGAUGAGUUAAGAGCGAGAAUCAAUAAGAAAGGUGCUGAUUCUGCAGUUCAGAAGUUGUAUCCUUUGAUCAUCUCUAUGAAGGAUCUUGAAAGAAAGGAAACCAGCUUUCUGUUCAACCGCGAAGCUAAGCAUUCAGAACUUCAGGCCGAGAUUAGUGAAUUAGAGAGGAAAGUAGCAAGUGACUAUGAUAGCAAGAGCCUUACUGAUGAGCUUCAUCAAUCUUUUAGUGAAUCACUUGAAAGAGUCGAUCGGAUGAAAAAGGGACUUGCUGCUAGACUAAGAGAUGUAGUGGCAGUAAGACGGCAGAUUGAUGAUCUGCCGUGCCAAUCAGAAAUCGUUCAGUAUGAACAUCGGCUCUCAGAACUGUAUGCUCAAAUCCAGGGAAAGCAUCGACAGACUCACAAAUAUUAUUCUACCUACAAUGCUCUGUUGGAAAUAAAAGAAUUGAUGUUAAAGGAAACAUCUUUAUUGAAUUCGAUCAUUUCACAGUUUCAAGAGGCCUUUAGUAGCGCUGAUGGUCGUAUAAAACUUGUUCAUUCUAUGGAAGGGAUUUUCAAGGGUAGUCAACAGAAACUGGAAAAGGUUCAACUAGGGCUUCAAGAAGAAGAGAGAAACCGUAAUGACCUUAAGGAUAGAUAUGCUGCAACAAUUGGUGAGCAAAAGCGCUGCUAUUCUCUGAUGAAAGCUUUUCAGGAAAAAUGUUCCAAGGAGAAGUUACGGUGUCAGAGUUCCAGAUGA